AGUUCAUUUUUCGAAAAAAAAAAAUACUUACCUGAUCAAUAAUAAUAAUUACUAAAUUGCUAGAGUUAUUAUCGAUAAUAUCAUAUAGUCUGGAUUGGAUCAUUUUCAAAUUGAUACGUGCUAGUAAAAAUAUUGUGCUGUAUACAAAAUAAUUUUCAUCACUGUUAUUGCACUUUGUUUGGACUUCAGCUUUGAAGCACCCAGGCAAUGGUAAAUUUGCAGAAACAUCGUGAAAAAUGAGCUUCCGUUCAAACAUAUGGAGUGUUUUGAAAAAUGUCACCGUCGAACCAGCCGUUCUCUUUUAUUUCCUAUCUCACGUUAUGAUCGAUGUAAUAAACACGAAUCUCUACCUACAGAAAUCCUGCAGACUGAAUGCAACUUCGGAGCCAAACCUUCAAACACCAUGCGACGAUGAAAAACUCGGUCUUAUUUUCGUUUCCUCCUUCAACGCCAAAUACAGUUUCAUUCAGCUCAUCCCGAUGUUAAUUUUGAUCGUGCUCAUGAUGAGCUGGAGCGACGAAGCUGGCAUGAAACGAAAAAUAUUGAUCGUUUUACCCAUAAUCGGUAUGAUCUUCCAGUCUAUAAAUGGAUGCCUGCAGACGUAUUUUUGGACGUGGUCUGCUUCUUACGCUGCCAUGACAAACACAGCUUUGCAAGUAUUCAGUGGUGGAUUCCUGCUGAUGUGGUAUAGUUCUCAAUUACACGUUUGCGAUAAAUCCACUCCUGAUAAUCGUACCUUGAGGAUUGGGAUCCUGACUGCUCUGAAGUACAUUUGUUCGCCAAUCGGUAACGGAAUGGCUGGGUACUUGAUUAGGAAAGCUGGAUUUUUCAAAUCGUUUUUGGUCUGCUUGGUGCUGGCUUCUGGAUCUUUGGUAUCGGCUGCGGUUCUUGUUCAAGAUGCUGAUGUACCGGUUCAGAAGAAGGUGUCGUUGUGGGGGUUGUUCAAGAUUACUCGAGUUAUUGACAGUUUUAGAGUUGUGUUCAAGAGAAGUUUAGGAAGGAAGAGGGUCGUUGUAUUGUUACUUUUACUAGUCCAUGCUACGGUUUUGUUUUCAGAAGAAGGCGAACGAAGUGUGUUUUAUCUAUUCAUGAGAUACAAAUUCAAAUGGAAUGAACUCAUGUUCGGCAAAUAUCAAACUUACAAACUUGGUGGAAUCAUUGUAGGCACAAUAUUUUGCUCCGGAAUUCUAAGCAAAUUAUGCAAAUUACAUGAUGGAGUGAUUGGAACUUUCGCUGGAUUUUGGGAUAUAUGGGCUGCCCUAGGUUACGUGUUUGCCAGCCAAGUGUGGCAUUUAUACUUGAUUCCUUUGCUUGAUAUAUUUCAUGGCACAGCUAUAAUCGUCAAUUUUUCGUUUCUCACCCAGUUUUACGACAGGAAUGAAUUUGGUCGAUUGAAUGCCGUUUAUAAUGCCUUUUCGUUACUAGUUUCAUUUUCAUAUCCCACGUACAAUAUUAUUUUUCAAAAAACAAUGAAUCAUUUUCCUUCGGCUGUAUUUCUCGUCAGUGUAGUCAUCAAUACCGCUGUUUGUGUUCUAUACGCGGGAGCCUAUUUUUUGACCAAGAAAUUGGAAUCUGAAAAUCUCACCAUUAGCACUGUUUCAACUGCCAGAGUUCAACGACACGUUUGUGGAAAUCAACCUAAUGGAACAGUCUUAAAUGAACCAUGUGCUUUUAGAAAUGAGAGUCGUGUGAUUUGAAUGUUGUGGGCAGAUACAAAAACAUGAUUCGAAAUUUGCUGAAAUUUAAAAAAAAAUGUAUUCCUUAAGCUGUAUGAAAUGAAGAUGGAAGAAUUUUCACGGCCUGAUUUUUGGAUCAGAGUUUGGAGCUGGCCGAAUGAUAAGGAAUAGGAACCCAGCUCAUUCGAGAGGCAAACUCUUCGCAGUUUUUGAACAUCCUGUAUUGCUGUUUAUACAUUGUCAUUCGUGGUAAAUGCUCGCUAAUCUUUCUAUUAAAAACUUGAUGUUAUUUUUAAAGAAGCUUUUCACUGAUAAAAUGUUCGUAAAACUCGA